AAACUGUGGAUGAUCAACAAGUUUUUCUUCCUUCUUCCGGUUGCAUGCAUGGCCGUGUUUGGUACAGCUCAAACGUUGCCUUCGCAGCCUAUACCUGGACAGGACCCAAUAGAUUGUAUGUCAUCCCUGUAUGCUAUUCCGAACUGUCUCCAAGAAAUUGCCCAACCGUUUGUAAACGGAGAAUUCGGGACUAUCGGUCACUCUUGUUGUCAUGCCUUUUUGGGUCUCAGUGCAGAUUGUAUUACUGAGAGGUUUGCCUUCGCUCCCGAAUUCCCUCCGACUCUAAGGGAUCAUUGUUCCGGGCAAUGA